GACAUCCUUUCCAUCAAUAUCCCUUCAUCGAUUUCCGUCCUUACCUAAUUUUUGUUUUGCUUUCCUGUUUCAAUUCAACCUUUGGUUUUUCUUAUCAAUUUAUUUUCUUCUAAAGUUUAUAUUCGUCUAAAUUUUGGAUUCAAUCGUUAUUUUUGUGCUUUUAGGAUAUUCCAAUCAAUAUUCAAAUGAAAGGUCACCUAAAUUUGAUCAUCACUUUUUUACUCGUUGUUAACUUUAUUAGUACAGUAGUUUCAAUCAGGAGAAACACUUUAUUAAGAGAUACAAAUUCAAAAUUUAAGUUCCCCGAGAUCCAAGAGUCAAGGAAUCGAUACCUAAAAGACGAAAAGCCGAGCUUAGAUGAUCAUGAAGCCUUUUUGGACUGGUUUUUAAAAGAAUCUAGUUUAGAUUAUUCGGAGAUUUACCAAUCAUAUGAUGGUUGGUACAAUAACAAAGAUAAACCAAAUCUUGGAUCAACAGGAAGCUCAUUAAGUCGACUGACCUCAGCUAGAUAUCAAGAUGGCGUUGGUAAACCAUUGAUAUCAGAUUUACCCAAUCCAUUUCAUUUAAGUUCAUUAUUAUCAACCAACGACAAUGAAAAUAUUGUCAACCGAUUAGGCAAAAAUGCCUUACUUGUGUUUUUUGGCGAACACGUAACAAAUGAAAUUGUUGAUACGAGGAUACAGUCAUCAUGUCCACCUGAAUAUUUUGACGUUGAAAUACCAUCUGAUCAUGAGUUUAAGCGCAAAUUGGGACGCAGUUUCAUGCCUUUCAUUCGUGGAAAAUACUCUCAAGAAACUGGAAAAUCAGUCAAUAAUCCUCGAAAAAUGAUCAGUGAUGCUACACCUUAUAUUGAUGGUGGAACUAUUUAUGGCCGUUCAAAAAUGGUCACUGAUCAACUAAGGAGCUUCGAAUCAGGACGACUCCGUUCAGAUAUUAGCAAUAAAAAUUUCCCAGCUAAGAAUCGUAAUGGUCUACCAAAUGACAAUGAGCCAAUUUACCAAAAUAAUACCAAUUCAGCACAUAUGGAAUCUGUUAAGCGAUUUUAUGCAACCGGUGAUUAUCAUGCAAACGAGAACCCAUUUCUUUUAGCAAUCAAUAUCAUGUGGUUUCGAUGGCACAAUUUGAUUGCAGAUAAAUUAAGAAAAAAUAAUCGCCAUUGGGACGACGAAAAGAUUUUCAAUACCGCAAGAAAAUGGGUAAUUGCAUCCCAACAGCAAGUGAUAAUAAACGAAUGGUUACCAAUCUGGACUGGAAAAUCAUUAACUAAAUAUAAUGGUUACAAGAAAUCGGUCGAUCCCUCUGUUAGUCACUUGUUUAGUGGAUCAGCGAUGAGAUAUGGACAUGUUUUGGUUCCUCCAACUGUCAAAUUAUGGUUUGAUGUGUGUGACCAGAGUUACAAUGUUAAUAAACGAAAAUUAAGGCAAAUCAAACGAAAAAAUAAUCCACUUUAUAAUACAUCGCCAGUUAAGCUUUGCAAUAGUUUCUUUAGCUCGUUCAAUCUAACUGAAAAGAGUUAUAAAUCAUUUUUCCUGAGCUUAACUGUAACAUCUUCCCGUCCUGAUGGAGCAUCGAUAUCAAAAAAUUUGAGAAGACGUACUUAUGGGCCAAUUGAUUUCACUCGACGGGAUUUGGCUUCAGUUAAUAUACAACGAGGACGAGACUUUGGUUUACCCGAUUACCUUUCAACCAGAUCAUUGUUCAACUUGCCUGUUUAUGGUGACAUGUAUUCAAUCAAUAGCAACCUGUGGAAUAGCUCAACAACAAAUUUCCAUAAAAUUUCAACGCUGUAUAAAAAUGUAAAUGAUAUUGAUGUUUACUUCGGAGGACUGAUGGAGUCAAAUGCAAAUGGAAUUGGAGAAACGUUUCGUGAAAUUAUCAAUGAACAAUUUACGAGAAUCAGAGAUUCUGAUUACUUUUGGUACCAAAAUCGAGAAAAUAAACUGUUUGAUGAUACUCAAAUCAAAAAAUUGGAAUUGCUCUCAAUCCGAGAUAUUUUAACAUUGACUCUUAAUGUGUCUGUACAAGAAAAGCCUUUCCUUCUUCCCAAUGAGAGAGAUAAUUUUCCAGCUGAAUGUGGUUCGCCUGAUUUAAUCAAAUUUCCUUGUCAAUAUGGUGCAUGUUUCGCGCUGUCAAACAUCAAUACUGCCGAUAACGAUGAAAUUGGUUUCUGUCCAAAUCCACAAACUUUCGAUUAUAUGACUGGAAGUGAGUUUCCAUUAUUCACAACAAUUGGUUCACUUGGACUGUACGUUUUAGGCUGCUGGUUAAUACUUUGGAUCCUCGUAAGUCGAAGGAAACGAAAAGAUGAAUUAAUCAGAAGGAAGAGUAAGAGAGCUAAAAUGUCUGCUUCACCAGGGAUCAAUUCAACUAUUGCUUUUGAAUGGGAAAGUGGUGAAGAUAGCAUGAAACCAAUUUUAAUAAACUUUGAGCUCAAGGAAAAACGAAUAUCAAUAAAAUCUUUGGGCCAUGAAGAAAAAUUGAUCCGGCGAAUUGAUUUCAAAGGGAUUCAAUCAAUCAAAUUACAAAUCAGUGUCAAUUCAAAGCAGCCACUGAUUGCGGCCAAGAUCCCGAAUGAACAUGACUUGAUAGUAACAUUUGAUAAUGAGGCUGAGCAAACUGUUUUUGUUCAACAAUUGGAAGCGUUUCUUGAAUCAAUUGGUGUGGGCCGUGAGCGUCAACAAAUGGAUGCAAAAAGGAUUCUUAAAUCAUGUUACAGCAAACAUGAGCGACAAAAACAUUUGGAAUCGUUUUUCCGUGCUGUCUUUGCUCACUCUUUCGAUAUUAAACCGUUGAAAAGUAAAGUCGACUUGAAAAUUGCGAAGAAUAUUUUACAAACGGAAUUGACUGAAUAUGAAUUUGCUGAGGCAUUAGCCAUGAGACCAGAUUCAUUAUUUGUUAAGCAAAUGUUUUCCUUGGUUGAUAAAGAUGAAAAUGGUUACAUAUCUUUCAGAGAGUUUCUUGAUAUGAUGAUCAUCUUUGCUAAAGGUUCAUCGGAUCAGAAAGCUAAGUUAAUGUUUGACAUGUAUGAUUUGGAUGGAACUGGAAGUUUAUCUAAGCAAGAGUUUUCAACAAUGAUCAGAUCGAUGCUUGAACUGGCUAAUCAGAGUAUUGAUUCAAAACAAAUGGAGGAACUGAUCAGUUCAAUGUUUACUUCAGCUGGAUUGGACUCUAAAAAUGAAUUGAAUUUGACUGAUUUUCUCAAAUUUUUAGGCGAUUAUAAAGAAGAAUUUGGUUACGUAGAGCUUAAUCUUGAAGUUGGUGAUUUAAAGGUUGAGAUUGAUUCAAGCCAAAGUAAAAGACAGAGCGCAAUGUUUCGUGCCCGAGAUAAAAUUGUACGAGCUUAUUCAAUUUACAAAGAGGAACCACAAUCAACCGAAAGGUCGAGUAAAGAUAAUUCAAUUUCAAUUGAAACUCAACAUCCGACUGAGCAGCAUGGCUUUAUCAACCAAUUAUCCCGAUUCAUUGAUGAAACAAAAUGGCAUAUUUUUUGGUUCCUUGUAUUUUUCUUGAUCAUAGGCUAUUUGCUGAUUGAUAAAUUGAUCUAUUAUACCUAUUUUAAUGAAGAUCGUGGCUUAAGACAAAUUGCUGGCUUUGGAGUUGCCAUCUCAAGAGGAACUGCAUCAGUGAUUAUGUUCAUUUUUUCAAUAUUAUUGAUAACAAUGUCUCGUAAUUUAAUCACUGUUUUACGCGAAACCUUUUUGAACAAAUACAUACCUUUCGAUGCGUCGGUUUCGUUCCAUAAGAUCAUCGCUAUAAUUGGUUUAAUAUUUGCCAUAAUUCAUUCAAUUGGUCAUACAUUUAACUUUUAUCAUAUUCUUACUCAACGUCCGAGUGAUCUGAUGUGCCUUUUUCCCAGCUUUUAUUCAAGAUCAAAUGAACUUCCUAAGUUUCAAGACUGGUGUUUCCACACUAUAACUGGUGUUACUGGAUUACUCUUGUUGGCUUUGAUGACAAUCAUUUACAUAUUUUCAACUCCAGUUUCCCGUCGAUAUGUAUUUACCGCUUUCUGGUCAACACAUAAUCUUUAUCCAUUAUUUUACUUGUUAAUGUUUCUCCAUGGACUCGGGCGUCUUAUCCAAGAGCCAUUAUUAACAUCAUAUCUGAUUGUACCAUUGGUUUUAUUCAAGAUUGAUAAACUAAUCAGUAUCUCACGGAAGAAAUCGGAAAUUCCAGUUGUCAGAGUUGUUCAUUAUCCAUCCAAUGUGACUUUACUUUGCUUUGCUAAGCCGGAAAACUUUGAUUACAAAAGUGGCCAAUGGGUGCGAAUUUCAAGUGUUGCCCUAAAUUCAAAUGAAUUUCAUCCAUUUACUCUUGCUUCGGCUCCUCACGAGGAAAACCUUCAACUUUACAUUCGAGCUGUUGGCCCAUUUACCACCAACAUCAGACAAAUUUAUGACCCUAAUGGACUUUCAAUGUCCCCUUAUCCAAACAUCAGGUUAGAUGGACCUUAUGGGGAAACACAUCAAGAUUGGUUCAGAUUUCCUGUUUCAGUUCUGGUUGGUGGUGGAAUCGGUGUAACACCAUUUGCAUCCAUUUUAAAAGACGUUGCUUUUAAAGCUUCAAUAAAUCGCAUGACAACCUGUAAAAAGGUCUACUUUUUAUGGGUAACUCGAACUCAAAAGCAUUUUGAAUGGUUGGUCGAUAUACUUCGUGAUUUAGAGGAAAAAGAUGUAUCAAACCUUGUCUGUGUUCACAUAUUUAUCACUCAAUUUUAUGAUAAAUUUGAUUUAAGAACCAUGAUGUUGUAUGUUUGUGAACGUCAUUUCCAGAGAGUCUCAAAUCGUAGUUUAUUUACUGGAUUAAAAGCUAAAACCCAAUUUGGAAGGCCUGAUUUUCAUCAAUUUUUUACUUCCCUUCAAAGGUUGCAUCCUAAGGUUGCAAGAAUUGGAGUUUUCAGCUGUGGUCCACCACCGAUGACAAAUUCAGUUGGAUCAGCCUGUGAAAGGAUGAAUCGUCAAUCAGGAGCUUUGUUUAUACACCAUUCGGAAAAUUUUUAGCUCAACAAUGAGUUAAUCUUGAACAACCGUUGAAGAUGAAGUCUGAUUUAUAUAUUAUUUUGAUGAAACUCACAAGACUUAUAUAUUUACAUUUCUACUAAAUGUAUGGACAAUGGAGCAAGCUUAGAACCUUAAUUAUGCGAAAAUCAGGGAAAUUAUCGACUUGGUUACCUGCUAUAGCUAGCUUUGAAUACAAUUGUGAUUGUCGAUGAAAUUGUUUCGAGUCAAACAAUUAGCGAUAGUUUAUUAUAAAUUUAUAGGUAAAUCAGAAAUACAAAUGAAACCGUUACUGAGACAUUGAGAUUACAAUUAAUUUAUUAUUAACAUCUAUCCAUACAAUGGAAACAGUGGGAAUAUUAAAAAUGGUCAACCUUACGAUAAUAAUUAAAUAAGUAAUAAUUUUACCAACAAUAAAA